AUGCCCAAAUCAAAUUAUUCAUCUUGUAUUCGUGAUUCACAUCAUAUAGCAAAUCUAUCUCGUUCUCAUCGUUCAUCAUCAAAACGUUCACCAUCUCGUUCUUAUCGCCCAUCAUCUCGUUCAGAACGUUCAAGAUCUCCAUUACAAGGUUCAACAUAUCAUGCAGAUAAAUCACAUCGUUCAAGUCAAUUACGUGAAAAAUAUCCAACAUUUCAUGUUCAUUCGUCUGAUUAUGAAGUUAUAUUUGUGAAUAAUAAAACAUCAACAAAUACAAUGAACAAAUUAUUGAAUCACGUGAAUACAUGUAAACAGUAUGCGAUAGACACAGAAUCUGAACGAACAAACAAUCAAUUAUCAUUAAUUCAGAUCAACUCAAUACCAAUUAAACCACCAUCGUUUGUAAUGUCAAGCAACGAAAUUUAUUCUUGGGGAAACAUGCAAAAAGAACUUGAACCAGCAAAAGAAUUAUUUAUCUGGCCAAUUCCAGCAGCUUUAAUUGAUAUUCAACCACAUUUUCCUGCGUGGUGUAAUUGGGCUCGGACCCAGUGUAGGGUCCAGGGUCUGUUACAUCGAAAUGAUAUGAACGAUGAUAAUGAAUUUAUACAACAACAUCAUCAACAAUCAUCAUGUCAUUGUCAUCCUCCAUCACCAUACAAAAUUAAUGAACUCUGGUCUCUUCAAAAUGCAUUCAUGUAUGGAUGUAAUUUAUUUAUCGACAAAUCAUGUAAAUUAAAUCAUUCGUCAUUAAGUCUAUCAUCAAGUCAUUCAUCAUUAUCACAUGCUGAUCAAAAGAAGAUGAUGCAUUAUGCUACACACGAUGUAAUGGCUGUUACAUUUUUAAUACGACCAAUCACUAAAAAUUGGACUUUUGAAAAAAUUAAAAAUAGGAAGAUCAGUGAAAUGUUCGUCGCAUUUAAUUCAACUAAACUUCCACCAUUACCAACAUCAAAAAAUAAAAAAAUUAAGAACAUCAACAUGCAAAAAUUCGCUACAUUAUUUAGGUGUAAUAAUCCAGAAGCAGAAGAAAUUUCAUCGGAUGAUGAGAUAUAUUUGAAUCAAUUAAUUGAACCAAAUGUUUUUAAAAAUGAACAAGAUAACAAAAUUAAUUUAUUACAAGAUCAAAUUGAACCAAUUGAUAUUGAUUAUACAUUAGUUAUUAAUGACGAUGAACCAACUGAACAACUUCAACAACAAGAACCUGAACAAGUUGAAGAUGAGCCAUUACAAGUUGUAGAUGAACCUGAACAAGUUCAACGUCGACCAAAGCAUCAAAGAAGUGCUCAAUCAAGAAAUUGA